AACAAUCAACAUGAAAUUCUUCGCCGUCUGCUUCUUCGCUGUUGUGGCUGUGGCUAGCGCCAAGCCUGGCAUUGUGGCUCCUUUGGCAUACACCGCUCCCGCUGUUGUGGGCAGCGCUGCUUAUGUUGCGCCCUAUGCCUCCAGCUACACCGCCCACAACGUUGCCCAUAGCGCUGCCUUCCCAGCUGCCUACACCGCCGCCGCCUACACCGCUCCAGUUGCCGCUGCCUACACCGCUCCCGUUGCUGCCGCCUACACCGCUCCAGUUGCCGCCGCUUACACCGCUCCCGUUGCUGCCGCCUACACUUCUCCCCUUGCCGCUGCCUACACCGCACCUGUUGCCGCCGCCUACACCGCACCCAUUGCCCGCUAUGCCGCCGCUGCUCCUUUCGCCUACAGCGCACCCGUUGCUGCCGCCUACACCGCUCCAGCCGUCGCCGCUCCCCUGCUGCUGAAGAAGUAAAGCACAUAUAUGUUGUGACCAUUUCGC